CUGUCCAGGAAGCCUCAUUCAACAAGCUGCCUAAGUCAACCUCUUCUUGGAAUAACCUCUAAAAGCUUCCGCUUAGCAGGCUAUGCUGAGGGCCAGGAAAACCCACCUACCAGCUUGGACCCCUCCUCUCCCACUCUCAUGCCACGCCACGGGACCACCCAUAACAGGAGCCCACACACGUGGGUGGCAGAGACCUGCGGCAGACAGGGACCACACAGCAAGUGUCCCCAAAAUGCCACCCACUGUCUCCUGCCCUCCAGGAGCAUUUCCUUUGCCUCUCCUCUCAGACUGGGUUUCCACUGAAACUGUGCAUUGUCUCACAAAUUCGUGGCUGGGGACCACCCACCACUCUGCUGCCUGAUCCAGCCCCACGCCAGCCCUUUGAGGUGCCCAAGCUGACACCAGGAGCAAGGUUGAGAGGAAGCUGUGACCCCAGCAGGACUUUAUGUUCCCACCAUCCCGGAUGUGAGAAUGAGGAAAAAAGGAGAUGAGCUGUCUCCCCACAAGCCCAGAGAUUUGACCGAGGAGAGUAGAGGCCUCGAGCUCUCACCUAAAAGACAUGGGGCUCCCUGGGGUUCACAGCUCACUGCGCUCUCCCUCCUGAGACUCCUGCUGCCAGAGCACCUUUCCCCAGGGUCAUGGAUGCUGAGGGGAACACAACUUAGAGACCACUCCACCAUCCACCCAGCAAGCACAGCUACCAAGACCCAAAGCUGAGGCUUACCAAUGCUCAGGGUGGGAGGGGAUUCCAUCCCUGAAUAACUCCAUGGUUCCCCUAUGCGUCUGACCAUCCCAGCCAGAAAUACAUAAAUCCUCUCAGCUACAAUUCAGGCCUGCUUCUUUUCAUAGGGAUGAAGCUACAGGUUGAGUAUCCCUUAUCUGAAAUGCUUGGUACUAGAUGUGUUCAGGUUUUGGAUUUUUUUUUUUUUUUUGAGGCUGGGGGUGGAAUAUUAGCAUUAUACUUACCAAUUCGGCAUCCCUAAUCUAAAAAUCUGAAAUCCAAGAUGCCCCAGUGAGCAUUUCCUUUGAGCAUCAUGUUGGCAUUUAAAAAGUUUCAGAUUUUGGAGCAUUUCAAAUUUCAGAUUUUUGAAUUAGGGAUGCUUAACCUGUACCAGCUUUAAUAGGUGACCUACAGCACGUCCCUCCCCUCUACAGGCUUAUGUGUUGACACUUAAUGAAAUGUCGGGUAGGACUGGAGGCUACCUCCCACUCCCUGCACCUCUGAUUCUGUGGCCCCUGUAGAAUUAAGAACCAGUGUCCCUUCUCCUGGUCAGCCCUACUGAGGGGAGUCACAGAAUCCCCAGUUCUUUCUAAGCUGCCCCAUCUCUCACCUAAAUACAAUCCCCUUAAAGAACACCAAAGGGAAAGGGCUCAGACCUCCAUCACAGCAGGGUCACUCUCACACGUGGUAGGACCAUACCACCUUCACAAAAGCGGGGUUUGCCACCUUCGGGGAGCUCUGGGGGGCCUCUACCUCCUCACCAGUCUGACACAAUGCCAGAGAUUCCACCACUGGGAAUUUCUUAUAAUUAAAGCAUUCUCUUCCCUGUAUUAAAUGAAAAUGCCCCUGGGAGAGUUAAUAGAGCAAGCCUUUAUCAACCAUUAAAAACUGAGGGCCAGUUAGUUUCUCUUUCUUUUCCCCCUGAAGUGGUACUUCAUUUUGUUUUAUAGAAAAAAGAUUCAGGCAAGGGAAGUGUGGGUGGCUGGGGAGGCAGGUCUGCUCCUUUGAGUUGGCUGCAGUGACAUGGAAGUCACAGGGCUGAGGGAAGGAGACAAGAGCCUGGACGGCAGUGAAGGGGUCAAAGAUAGACACCUCCAAGAACCUCAGAGGAGACCCGGACUGCAGGAGACCUGCAGGAGGCCUGCGGGAGCCUGUGGAGGCCUGUGGAGGCCUGUGGAGGCCUGCGGGAGCCUGUGGAGGCCUGCGGGAGCCUGUGGAGGCCUGUGGAGGCCUGCGGGAGCCUGUGGAGGCCUGCGGGAGCCUGUGGAGGCCUGUGGAGGCCUGCGGGAGCCUGUGGAGGCCUGUGGAGGCCUGCGGGAGCCUGUGGAGGCCUGUGGAGGCCUGCGGGAGCCUGUGGAGGCCUGUGGAGGCCUGCGGGAGGCUGUGGAGGCCUGCGGGAGCCUGUGGAGGCCUGUGGAGGCCUGCGGGAGCCUGUGGAGGCCUGUGGGAGCCUGUGGAGGCCUGUGGAGGCCUGCGGGAGGCUGUGGAGGCCUGUGGGAGCCUGUGGAGGCCUGUGGAGGCCUGCGGGAGCCUGUGGAGGCCUGUGGAGGCCUGCGGGAGGCUGUGGAGGCCUGUGGGAGCCUGUGGAGUCCUGUGGAGGCCUGUGGAGGCCUGCGAGAGGCUGUGGAGGCCUGUGGAGGCCUGCGGGAGCCUGUGGAGGCCUGUGGAGGCCUGCGGGAGGCUGUGGAGGCCUGUGGAGGCCUGUGGAGGCCUGCGGGAGGCUGUGAAGGCCUGUGGAGGCCUGCGGGAGCCUGUGGAGGCCUGUGGAGGCCUGCGGGAGGCUGUGGAGGCCUGUGGAGGCCUGCGGGAGCCUGUGGAGGCCUGUGGAGGCCUGCGGGAUGCUGUGGAGGCCUCUGGAGGCCUGUGGAGGCCUGCCAGCCCAGUGCCCUCAGGCAGCAAAGCCCAGCAGUCACUGGUCCCCCAAGGCCGCCCGCAGAUCUAUGCAAGGUGAUACAGCAGAGGCUAUGGACCCACCCACACCCAAGCAGGGAGGCAGGAUGACAAGGCCCGGGCAGGUAGGGGGCUAUCCGGAGAGCAGCCUCAGCUCCACCCCUGAGAAAUUUCCAUCUAAAUCCAGGAGAUCCUCGAUUCAGCAAGAACCUUCCCUCAUGUUUGAGGCUGUUAAACCUAAAGCCAGUUAGGGCAGAGGUCAGAGGGGUGGACCAGGAGCAAGUGGGUCGAGGGUGAGCAAGUGUUGGGAGUGGGGAUAGAAACUCCAUCCAUCUCCGACUGCUCUGCUCGCAUGUCUGGCUCCAGGGCCCACCUGGGAUGUCAGAGGGAAUUAGAACGGCCUUGUGAGGAGGCUCAGGAGAAGGGCUCCUAUGCCCACCGGGCAGGGCAGCACUGGGCCUAGCGCCACCACCGCAAAGCCCCUCAGUGCAGAGGGCCCAGCUAUACGGAACUGGGCAUUGCUUAGCCUGGAGGGAAUAGGCAGCUGAGGAGACCUGGAAAACACAGUCAUGAAGAGACUGGCCAUGAAGACCCACAGACCCUGCGAGCCAAGGCCUUGGGCUGCAGCUGCAGCUCUACCAGCCUGGACCCAACCUCAGGCCGACAUCCCAGCGGGGAACAUGUUACUAAGGCCAGUUGUAGAAGGGACUUCUCUGGACACAUGCCCUACUCUCCCAAAAGACUUAAGCACAGGCCAGUCCCAAAGGCAGAAGAAUGGACUAAAUGAGCUCUUGUGGCCCCAGCCCUAAGAUUCUAGAGGACUCUCUGAAACUUCACUUGAAGACUUGACCUCUGAGUGCAACUGGAGUCACCGCCACUCAGGAGAAAGGGCAGGCUGUGCAAGCACGUGCUUCAAGAGCAUCCUGGUGGGGUCUUCAGCUCUGACAGAGCAACCCCUCUGCUGCUACCCUCACUGGGGGCAGCCAUCUGAGUCUUAAGGAGUUGCUUAUUUUUUAGGUCCAAACAUAAAAUUCAACUCCCCUGGGAUCACGUAUACAGACAGGCCUAUAGCACCUUAUUAUCAGGUACCAUCCUGGUGUGGAAGUCCCCUGGCCUGUGUGCUCUGUGGGAUGGGAAUGUCCCUUGUCAUCAAUGAGUCCCCAGGAACUAGAACAGUGCCUGGCACACAACAGAUGCCGUUAAAUGAAUAAGUGAAUGACUCCUGCAGUUAGGCUCUGGGUAGGGGGAGCUGAGUGUGAGGAGUGGGGAGUACAGGAGAAAGGAAAGUGGGGAUUAGUAGAGGAAGUGGUCAGGUGAGUCAAUGUUUCACAGUUUUGCCAAGAGCUAAAGUAACUUGUCAAGAACUUCAGAGCAAGGAAAGCCUGAGUGGUGGCCCCUUGCUCAGGGCAGCCCCCAGGCAGGCACACAUCUAUCCAACAAAGCCUGGAGGACAGGGACUGUGGGAAAUCACGCAGGGUACCUGGGAGUCUGACCUCACUGUGUGACCACACUGAGGUCCAGAGCCAACAGUCACUUUAUGUGGGUUCGCCUCAGUUUCUCCAUGAGUCCUACUCUAAAACCCAUCUACCUCCGUGAGCCAUGUGUGGGAAGACGAGCUUCUGACUGGGAUGAGUCUGGGGAGCAAGCACAUGGAGACCCAGUGCUGUCAUUCUGGCUGCCGGUAGGCUGCAGGACCACCAGCGCCCUGCGUCUGUGUCAAGGCCACCUGGGCAACGCGGCGAGGGGUGGGGAGUGCAGGCCUCCUUUCACACAGAGACACACAGGCCUGAGGCCUCUCUGGGUAGCACACAUAGAGCUAUAUUUUGCAAUUAAUAAACAGGUCAGACAUUGAGUCAGUAGCCACAAGUAGAACAGGAAGUGGAAAAAGUCUCCCACUUCCCUCCAGGUGUUUGGGGGCUGGGGCGGUCCCCUCCCAUUUCCAUGACGUCAUGGUUACCAAGAGGGGCAAGUAGGGCACCCUUUGAAGCUCUCCCACAGAAGCCACAUCCUCUGGAAAGAAGAGUUUAAAAUACUGAGUUAGAGAUAGCAUCGCCCCAGGCCACGUGCCGAGGGGAGCAGGCUGGGCCGUUACACCACCCCCCAACCGCAGGUGCAGCAAGGCCAACAUGCCAGGCUGGGAGGGGCUGCCGGCCCCUCGGUGACUUGCACCGGGCCCGCAGCAGGCUGGGGAGGUGCUGCUGGCCCUACCGCUGAGCCGCCUCCCUCACCGCACCUCUGCUGCCCCUCCAAACCAGCCAAGAUCAGACCUUGAUCUCACCUGAUUAAGCGCUUGCUUAGUACAGGGCAGACCCUCAAGACGUAUGCUCAGGCCAGUGUCUCUGGGGAGGGAGGGAUGUGGGGAGGCCGUAUCUGCCCCCACACAGAGCUAGGGCUGAUUCUCUGAGGGACCCCCCUCAAUAGCACCUCCCCCCUUACCCUGAUGCUUAUCCAUUAGGUGAUGGCCCUAAUGGACGCCUUGAUGGACACGUCCGGGACCCAGGGACCCGGAGACCAGGAAUCUGCAGGUCUCGGGGAGCCGCAGAACCUGAAACCCAAAAAUACCAGGCUUGAUCUCCUGCUCUUCGGUAGUGUCGCCAUCCACCCGCAUGGGGGCAGCAGCGCUCCACCAAAAAGACCUCUUCUCCCUCUGUCUGUUAAUUCUGGAGAGAGAAAGCCCCCAAAGUUUAGGAAAAGCUCUUUUCCGAGGAAAAUAAAAGGGCAGGUGACUUUUAUCCCACAAGUCCGUGCCCUGUGCCCGUCACUGCGCUGGGGGCAAGGCCUGUGUCAUCCUGUCACAUCCCCCCCAAAGGAGAGGAGGGGCUGGGGGCUGGGCCGGCAGCAGGGGGCGCUGUUCGUCCGGGAUCGUCAGACCCGCUCCACCCGGAGCCCCGGAGGAAGUGCCCAGGGAGGGCUGGGGCCCCGGAGGAGGCCUUGGGUUCGGAAUUAGGCUGGCUGGAGUCCGGGAUCCACCACAUCAUACACUCGUGCCUUUGGCAGGUCACUAACCGCCCAUCGCCUCAGUUUCCCGGUGGGACGAACUCUGUCUCACAGGUAGUUUAAGAACCAGGCUUUCUUUGGCAUUGUAUACCUGCCAUGUGCCAGGCUGUGUCGUGCUCUGGGGAUUCAGUCUCUGUGCAAACUAUGACUCCAUACAGAUGAAGUCCAAGAACAGGCAAAACGCAUCACAGGUGAUAGAAAUUAGGGCACUGUUUGCCUCUGGGGUAGAAGGAUGGAUUGAAAAGGGGCACAAGGAAACCUUCAGGGGUGGUGGAAAUGUUCCAUAUCUUUAUCUUGGGUGAUGGCUAUAUAUAUAUCAAAUGCAUCAUUAGUGUAUUUUCAUGUAAUUAUGCCUCAAGAAAGUACUGCUCCCAUUAAAUACACACACACACACACACACACACACACACAGAGUUUCUGUCUUCAAGGAGUUAACAAUCCAGUGAGUAGUGGGUAUGAAAGAGAUGUGUUAAUGGCUGCAAUUGCAAGACAGAGGCUUUUGUUACUAUAUUCUCCUCAGGCAGGAGUCCUCAGGCAGGAGGCAGGAGAACCAGUUGUUUGUCCCUAAGCGUCACUGCCCCUCACUAGCCUUCUGUCCUGGGGCCUUUAAUUUUUCUGAGUCCCCAUGUGUUAUUAUUCACAUAGAGAUAAAAAUACCUGCCCACCUAUUCUCAGUGUUGUUGAAGGGAUUGAAAGCAGUAAUGGGUGUGGAAUGCUUAGUAAACUGAAAUCCCAGUGCAAAUAUGAAGUGGGAAUGCAUCAGAAUGCCCAGAAAGACGAAGCAUGACCCGAACAAGAUGGGCUGGGCCAGGUCAGAUGGCACUGCCAUACUGAGAAAAAAGUGGGCUGGCUGCGGCUUCACACAGCCCGGGAGAGCUCAGAACUCCCCAGGCCCUGCCGGUGCGCUGGUGUUUCUCAUAGUGUGUGGCCACCUCUCCAGUCACUUCGGCCCUAGGAGCUUCUUGUUACACCAUGAUUUUGUCACUACCUCCGCAGCUUCCCACCUCCUGCUUCCGGCUUCCAGAAGGAAGCGCGUGAUGGAGGGGAAAUGACAGGGCCAGGAGGCAGCGGUCAGGCUGGGCCGAGUUUCUGACAGAAGCCAACACUUCUGGCCCCACAGUGCUCACGGCCUCCCUGACUCUCCUCACCACAUCACAGCUGAAAAGGCUCACGUCUUAUCUCCCCUCUCAACCUCUGGGGGCUUCUCUGCUUUCAGAAGGACCCCCUGGAGCCCCUGGCCGAACACAUCUGAAAGCACGGAGCCAGACCUCUGCAGCGCCCUCCAGCGGGCAGGUUCUGCGGGCAGCCAUCUCCUCGCAGGCCAGAACACCCCACAUCACUCCAGGACGGUUCGCCACCUUUGAGAAGAGAGGACUCCAGCGUCUGUUCGCUCUGGAAAUGUGGGCAUGUUCCCAUUCCAAAGAAGGCACAUGGAGCGGCUUGCACAGGAUCACGGUGAACUAGGCCCUGAUCCUCACCAGACUCGGAUCCCAGGCUUUCCACCAAGCUCUGUGGACUCAGAAACACCAAGUGGUUCCAGAUUCAGCCAUCAGAGGAAGGAGCAUGAAUUGACUGGCAUUCCCAGGCCCCCUAAGACUAAGUGUCUUGUUUCCUGCCUCCGUGGCCCUUCCCUCUUCCUGACUCUGCCUGCAUGGAUUUGAUCCCCCUUCAGGAUGAGAUCAGAAUGGCAAGGCAGAGCUCUGUACCUUUAGGAGGCACUCCCUCAAUAAAUAUUUGAUGUUGUCGGGCA